AUACACCAAGUCACCAAACACCACUUUUUGCUUUUCAAAUCAAGUGUGCGUGUGAAUCGGGUUAUUAUCUGCCAUUCUGCCCCUUUCUCCAUACUCCAUAACUCCUCCCUUGACUUUUCCCUCUUUCCAUACCGUUUUCUAGGUCUCUCUCUGUCUUUACAGAAACAUGGAUUCAUCACCAUCACUUUCAUCAAUGGCAAGUCACCCGAUCAUGCCUCAAGUUGGUGUUGCUGCUGAUGAUCGCACUUCAGAGGAGGAUGUCUGCAGUAUAUGCCUCGACGCUUUUGAUUCCCAGGAUAACCCUCCCACUAUAACCACCUGCAAGCAUGCAUUUCAUCUCCAGUGUAUUCUUGAGUGGUCACAAAGAAGCAAAGAAUGCCCAAUAUGUUGGCAGUUGAUUGUGUUAAAGGAUCCAACCAGUCAAGAGCUUCUAUCAAUGAUUGAGGAUGAAAGAAGCAUGAGAUCCAUUCUCACUGUUCGCCAUAUAUACGAGGAUCCUGAAGUUGAUCAUGAAGUUGAAUACAAUGAUACUCAUUUUGAAGAAGAAAUUAUGACAAGUUUUGGUAGCAGAAGGCACAAACAGAGACUUUCAGGAGUUGGCCCUUCAGUUCCAAGGGCAGAUUCGUCAAUUGGACAGGAAGUAUAUACUCCACUUGAAGAAUUCCACAGUUUAAGCUAUGCUUCAUCACAGGAUAACAGAGAUUCCAACACUAACCCUAGAGUUGUUGAAAGUGAAUCACCAAAUGGAAGAGCAAUAGCAGCUGAUAUGCAUGCAUUCUCAGAGUCUGUUAAAUCCAAGUUUUCUGCUGCUUCAGCAAGAUAUAAGGAAUCUUUCACAAAAAGCACUCAAGGUUUGAAGGAGAAAUUACUUUCCAAAAAUAGCCCUGUUAAAGAGUUAAGCAGAGGAGUUCAACGAGAAAUGAGUGCAGGAAUUGCUAAAAUAUUUGAACGCUUGGAUCCCAAUUCAAAAAAACCUUCUCCUUCUCCUUAGGACCCGUGUAGAUCCGUUCAGGAAGUUGAAAAUCGCGCUCUACUUCUACAAGUGAUAAUAGCAAAGUGACAUACACUGAUGAUCGGAUCUCGCAUAACAUCAAUAAGUGUAUUUGACAUUGUUUUGAGGUGGCUUAUGUUUCUAAAAACAAUGACUACAUUUUUUUGUGUGGUUAGGAUUAUUACUAAAACAAGAUGGGUGAGAAGGAAAGAGAUUUUCUUGGAGAAAUCCUUCCCUCUUAGCUCUAUUGUAAUUUCUUUUUCAUGAAUAUGUUUUUAUUUAA